GAUUACGCUAUGGUAUCAAUGUAGCAUUAUAUUAACAAAAACAAAACCUUUGAGCUAAACUUUGAUCUAUGUAUUGAUUUUAAAGUUCAAAUUUAUAAACUAUGACAGUAGAGGAAACUGUUGAGCAUAAUGUAUUAGUUGAUGAAUUGAUACAACUGGAAAGUCUUAGUCCAGAAGAAAGGCUUGCUCAUGCAAAGAAGAGGCGUCAUGAACAAUUAGAUGCUUAUCAAAAUAGAGUUCUUUUGCUUGAUUCAAUAAAAGUUGAUCAAGCUAGUCACCAAAAGAAAAUCAAAUUUGAAAGUAAUAUAGAAAUCAUUGAAGCUGCAGCAAGAAAUGAUUCAGAUGAAGUGGCUUCAUUUAUUAAAAAUGGCUUCAGUCCUAAUCUACAAAAUGAAGAUGGCUUAAGUGCUUUACAUCAGGCUGUCAUUGAAGAUUGUGUUGAUGUUGUAGAUGUUUUGGUUAAGAAUGGUGCUGAUCUUAAUAUUAAAGAUGCUGAUCUUUGGACUCCACUACAUGCAGCAGUAGCGUGUGGAAAUUUUGAACUUUGUAAGUAUUUGUGUGAAAAUGGUGCCAGUAUGGUGGAAAUAAAUACUGAUGGAAAUAUGCCAAUUGAUUUGGUGGAAGAUAAUGAAGAAAUUGAAAUAUAUUUGGAUGGAAAAAUGGGAGCUUUAUAUACAGAAGAAGAACUUGAAGAUAUAAGAAAUGUGGUUAGAGAAGAUAUGUUACGAGAUUUGCAUGAUUGUGUUUUAAAUAACCGUGAUCUAAAUAUUGCUGGUGAACAUGGUGAAACAGCGAUGCACAUAGCUGCAGCAAAUGGAUAUGAAGAUGUUGUUGAAUAUUUACUUGAUCAUGGUGCUAAAAUAGAUCUUAUUGAUAAUGAUGGAUGGCAACCAAUACAUGCUGCAGCAUGUUGGGGACAGGAGAAAAUCAUAGAGCUUCUUGUUAAUCAUGGCGCUGACUUGGAUGCAAAAACUAAAGAUGGUGAAACACCAAUAGAUUUAACAGAAGAUGAAGAGUUGCAAGGCAUGAUUGAAGACUUAAAAGAAUCGGGUCAAAUAGUUCGAGAAUUAAAAAGAAGUCAAAGUAAUAGCUCACGAACACUUUCGGUUCGUCGUUCGAGUAUUGUAGAAAAACAUCGAAUAUCUGUGAAUGAUGCAAAACAAGAAGGUGUAUUUCGACAAAACUCUGAGUUUUUACAAGUAAUCAUAAAAACAGAUGAUGACAACGAGCAAGUUGAAGAAAACUUUCCUGAAAAUUUAGAACUUUCAAAUGACUCUACUGUAAGUAAUGUAGACAUUUCAAGAUCCGAAGAAUAUAAAUAUGUAGACAGUUUGAGAUCUGAAGAAAAAUUAUUGCCGGAGCCUACAGAUUCGUUUGAACCUAGUGUUGAAGUAAAUACAGACACAAUUGAAGUCACUUUUGACGCAACUUUGCCCAAUAAAGAAUUAGACUCUACAACUCAAAAUGGGAACUUAAAGUCAUUAACAACACAAGAGGAAAUAGAUCUUGAAACCGGUACAGCUUGCAAUAUUAGUCACAAUACUGCAGUUAAACGUAACUCUCUUAAAACAUUAACUCUAUCCACGGAUGACACUGUUAAAAAAAAAUGCUGCAUUGUUUUAUAAAUUUUAUACCCACAUUACUACUGAGCUUUCCUGCAGACCAGCAUGAUUGCGCCAUCUUUUAAUAAAGAAAUCAUUAUCAAAUAUUUAUAAAUGAAUAAAUUUUCAACAAUCGUU